AUGAAAGAUUUUAUUAGGAUUUUAAAAUUCCUCAAUGUAAGAUUUUUGUUUUCAAUUUCUCAAAUUACUUUUCAAAUCAACAGUUUUCAGUUGCAGUUCCUAAUAAGUAAGAAUGCAGUUGAUCCUAUUUUGGCCUGAAUUUUGCAACUGGAUCUUUAAGGAUUGUACAAUCCUUACAAUCCUUAUAUAGAAAGAUUGU